AGCUUCUACUCUAAACAUCAUUUAAUGUCGAUUCAGACAUUACUUAACAAUCCCUAAAAUUGCACAGUAGCCAAUUGGCCCUAGAUCCGCCAAGAUGUUCAAAAGAGAGAUAACCGCCGCGCCCAAAUCCAAGUUAAAGUCGUCUGUCCAGCGCUCGCUGCGUCAAUCCUUACUGUCUACCUACCCAUUACUAAACCCCUACAUCGAUGAGAUCCUACCGAAGAAGGGGUCGCUCGAGGCCAUGAAGCUUCCCGAUCGCUGCACACUAUACGUGUUAGACUCCCAGCCGCUCUUCUUCCAGCAGGACACGACAACACUGCUACCGCACCUACGCCUCGUCCAUCGCUUCCCAGACGCCUUCCCUAGUAUACGCAUAGACCGCGGAGCGAUUCGCUUCGUAUUGUCCGGAGCCACACUCAUGGCACCCGGUCUGACAAGCACUGGCGGCAGAUUACCCAGCGGCGUCAGCACCGAGGAGGGGAAGGAGGGUCUAGACGAAGACGAGAGGUGGACCAGGGAAUUGGAGAAGGGAGAACCCGUGGUAGUCCGGGCCGAGGGGAAGCUCGAAGCAUGCGCCGUGGGAUUCUUGGUCAUGGGCACCAAGGAGGUUAAAGAGAAGGGCAAAGGACCUGUUAUCGAAGACGCGCACUACCUGGGCGACGGAUUAUGGAAGCUCACUACGGACUAGAGUGAGUCGCGGCGGAGCGUGGUCGAUUUAUUGGUUAAGCGAGUAUCAUUACAUGAAGCACGUGCACUAGCCCGAGGGUCCGAGGGUGCCUCGACGAAGCUCUCUCAGUGAAGCUCUCUCAGUUGUGAGAAGUGUUACUAUCCGAGGGAUUUAUACUACCAGGGCCGAUUAUAUUUACAUAGCAUCUUAUGAA